AUGUCUUCGUCAUCACCGUCGACAGGGUCUACGCGAGACCCCUUGUUCAAUUCUCAGCUGCAUGAUUCGUCUUGCCGCAUUCGCUCUCUCACCACUAUCUUGCAAGGCCUAAAGGAUUGUGGUCCUGCAACCAAAUCAAACGCCAUCCCCGACUUUCUUAAUCACCUCACCACGCUUCUUACCUGCGGUGACAAAUACGAUGGGGAUGCCAAAAAGGUCAUAGCCGUCACAGGGGCACAAUUUGAAGAAGGUUUUCGUACACUGGUAGUGACCCAAAACCCGUACGCAACGCAGAAACUUGAAGGUCUGUUGAAAGUCCGAAAGAUCACCCGAGAAGAGGAUCGAACAAGUGAAGAAGUGAUGAAAGGGGCUAUCGGUGUCCCUCUCCAGGAGCAUAUCAAGGAUAUUAUAACGAUGCUGUCUAGUGACCUGCCGUGCGAAGGGGAUAGCGACUUCGAUGACUUUUGCCAAUUCGUCGUUGCUCGCUGCUUCCGAAAGCUACGGGUCCGCGUUCGUCAAGAUAAGGUGCUGUAUGAACGGGUUUUUGACACGCUUCACAAGUGGAGACCAAAGGACGAACUGGAUCUACCAAUCAUGAAGGUUGCACAACCCACCUGGACGAAACGCCACGACAUGAUUUUGGGUGGCAGGUUCAAGCCUACCAAGGAGGAAGGAGUGACCUACUGGGAGUUCUCUAAAGACACGAUUCGCGAUUGGGCACAAUUUCUUGCUUGGAUUCUUAUGAAACUCGAUUCUGCCGUCACCGCGGUCCAUGACAUUUACUCCAGCCAGACAGAAAUCGACGGAAAAAUCUAUUUCCAUGUUCAUGUCCUAUGCCGUGAGCUGUAUUACUUCUUGGGGCUGGAGGAUGGAUAUAUCGUGAAGACUCUUCUGAAGAAGGCUACAGGCGCAUUUCGUCUUCGUGACACCAACUUAGGUGCAUCUGAUGAAGACAUCGAGAAAGAAAUCGAAACUGACAUGCGAAGGGAAGAACAGGAAACCAUGGCGACAUUUGUGUUCCGCUAUCUCAAGACCGUCGUGUCUUGGCAUACCGCCAUCUUCACCCUCCUUCAGGAACCUAGGACGAAGGUGCUCGCGACAAGCGUCACAGUCGGUCUCAUCGAAGUCUAUCCCCAGACCAAGGAGGUCACUCCUCUCGCAGAGCUCGAGAGAGAGUACCACCGACGUUUCCCGCUUGCGAAUGAUCAAGAACGUAGCAACAUGAUGUCAGUACUCGAGAAACACUACAAACCGGCCUUUACAGGCAGCAUUCAUGCGGAGGCUACUUUAAUGGGCCUUCUGAAUUACUACUCCCAGAAUGCGACCGUUCCCCUCCCGCGAGACGUGGUUGAUGCACCCGAUUUGUUACGGGAGUUGUUCGUCCCAACCACCGAGAGGGCUAUUGCUGUGAGCAAGAAAUGUUGCUGGUGCUGUCAGCGCCUUGGCGAACUUCUCGAACCGAAUAUUAGCUUACCCGGCACACACGGAAUUCUCUUUGCCUGGAACCCACCCUUUGUUGGGAUUGAUGCCGAAGUCCUUGAAAUACUGGAGCAUGAGUUAUGGUCAAAGCUGCGACAGCAUCUGCGCAACGGAGCCUUCUCCACGACUCAUUCUCGCCAUAGUUCUGGGUCAAGCCCUAAAGCGCGGCGGAUAGUACAGCGGGAGCCGCACCCCGAGCAUAAAGAAAAGAUUGACGAGGCAAACCCUUGGUUUAUGUCUUGA